CGGAGCUGUGUUACUCCUGUCUUUCGGUCUAGUCUCCGCCAUAUGGAUAGACGCUGAGGUGGAGCCGUGGUUAAGGAGGAUCCACUAUUGAUUAAUAUAGUACAGGAGUAGGCUUGUACUAGGCUGUUGAUCAUAGUAGAGAAUAAGGACGAUAAUCAACAGCAAUCGUCGAUUUUCUACUUUAGAUGGAUCACCUCCUAUCCUGUUCUAUCCUAUCCUACCCUAUCAACAAGUCGAUGGAGGAAAAGUAAGAAAGGUAUAAGUAUGAUGACUAUAAUGUAUAAUAAUCGAUUCGGAAUGGACCGAGGACCGAACCAUAGCUAUACUUCGCCUCUAACUUUCUUGUAUAAUUCGCUCGAUUGCAACCAAGAGCCGAAGAGCCUCUUUGCGAGAAUAAUCCGUUUUCUGGGUCCCUGAUGUCUACUCGAAAGGUCCGUUUUUGCUGUAAACUGAUUUUCUUCUC